AUGAUAGUACAUAUUAAGUAACGUAAUUUGCUUUUUACUCUAUUUUCUUUGGGAUUUUUCCCUUCUAGUCACUCACCUUCAGUACCCUCCAAGAAAACACGUGCUGCAUCUAGUAACUACAUAUCUUCAACAAUCUGUGGAUCAUGGCUUCGUCUAAUUUAAUUUGUGAUACUGAGUCUUGGAAGGAGUUGCGAGCUCAUGUUGAUGAUAUUAACAAUACUCAUUUGCGUGAUUUGAUGAAUGACACUAAUCGGUGCCAAUCAAUGAUGGCGGAGUUUGAUGGGAUCCUGCUGGAUUACUCGAGACAACGAGCCACCCUUGACACUUUGAAUAAGCUCUUCAAUUUAGCUGAGGCAGCACAUGUCAAGGAGAAGAUUAUUCGGAUGUUCAAUGGAGAGCAUAUAAACAGCACAGAGAACAGAUCCGUUCUUCAUGUUGCACUGCGUGCUCCAAGGGAUGCAGUCAUGAAUAGCGACGGGAAGAAUGUUGUACCUGAGGUUUGGCAUGUACGUGAUAAGAUCCGAAACUUCUCUGAGAGGGUUCGCAGUGGUACCUGGGUUGGAGCCACAGGAAAAACAUUGAUAGAUGUUGUAGCUAUUGGUAUAGGUGGCAGUUUCUUAGGCCCUUUGUUCGUACACACAGCACUUCAGACAGAACCGGAGGCUAGUGAGUGUGCAAGAGGGCGUCAGUUGCGAUUUCUCGCAAAUGUUGAUCCAAUUGAUGUAGCCAGAAAUAUAACAGGCUUGAACCCUGAAACAACUCUAGUUGUGGUGGUCUCGAAGACUUUUACUACUGCCGAGACAAUGCUAAAUGCCCGUACACUGAGGGAAUGGAUCUCCUCUGCACUAGGCCCUCAGGCAGUUGCAAAGCAUAUGGUUGCAGUUAGUACCAAUCUUAAGCUUGUAGAACAAUUUGGUAUUGAUCCAAAUAAUUCAUUCGCUUUCUGGGACUGGGUUGGAGGACGAUAUAGUGUCUGCAGCGCAGUUGGAGUAUUGCCUCUUUCUCUACAAUAUGGAUUUCCCAUUGUUGAGAAAUUUCUGAAGGGAGCUUCAAGUGUUGAUCAGCAUUUCUUCUCAGCACCAUUUCAGAAAAAUAUACCUGUGAUUUUAGGCUUGCUGAGUGUGUGGAAUGUUUCAUUUCUUGGAUAUCCAGCAAGAGCAAUAUUACCCUAUUCUCAAGCAUUGGAGAAGUUGGCACCUCAUAUUCAACAGGUCAGUAUGGAGAGUAAUGGGAAAGGGGUGUCUAUUGAUGGUGUCCCUCUUCCUUACCAGACCGGUGAAAUUGAUUUUGGUGAACCAGGGACGAAUGGCCAACACAGCUUUUACCAAUUAAUUCACCAGGGUCGUGUUAUUCCUUGUGAUUUUAUUGGUGUUGUUAAGAGUCAGCAACCUAUUUACCUGAAAGAUGAAGUGGUGAGUAACCAUGAUGAGCUCAUGUCGAACUUCUUUGCGCAGCCAGAUGCCCUUGCUUAUGGGAAGACACCAGAGCAGUUGCAAAAGGAGAAUGUUCCUGAGCAUCUUGUUUCUCAUAAGACAUUUUCUGGAAAUCGACCUUCUCUAAGUAUACUACUUCCAUCAUUGAAUUCUUAUAACAUUGGACAGUUACUGGCCAUCUAUGAGCACAGAGUUGCAGUCCAAGGCUUUGUAUGGUGUAUCAAUUCUUUUGAUCAGUGGGGUGUGGAGCUAGGAAAGUCUCUAGCGACUCAAGUCAGAAAGCAAUUUCAUGCAUCUCGUAAGAAAGGAGGAUUUGUUGAAGGCUUCAAUUUCAGCACCAAAACAUUGAUAACAAGAUAUAUCGAGUCAGUCAUGCGGCCAAUGCCGGGUUGGUGUGCUCAAGUGGGUAUCAUUUUAAGUUGUUGGCAAUACAAAUGGUUAAGGGAUAUGCUUCCAGAAAGAACUUAUUUGUGGCCUUCACCCCCACCCCACCCGUCCCUAAUUUUUUCUCGUGUGUACACUUGACCUUCGAAAUCUAAAUAUUAUGUACAUUUGUUUGUGGGUUCCAUUUGUAAAAAUAAUGGUUUUUGAACUUGCAAAUCAGUGUCAGUUUGCGAAAGUGCACAAAGUAUAAACUUGAAGGUGGAAUAUUGAAUUUUCAAUUGGAUACAGCUGCGAAGGUGAAUUUCAAGUAA